AAACGUCAUCCCAAGACUUCGGCUGAGCCGCCGAGUAAAGACAGCCAAUGAGCGCAAAGCUAUCAAGUCGAGCCUUCACUCGGCGAGCCAAUAGGAGCGUUAGAAUAGAUUGCGAGCCCCCGGGUUGAGUCUUGAGACCUGGCUGGAGAGAUUCUGCCGGCAUGGAUCGAGAGGCACCGAGCGAAGCGUGUGGGAAGGUGACCGCAGCUGCACUAAAUCAACGCUUUGACUAACUUUGAUGAGCGCCUGCUUGAAGGAAUUAAAGGACGUACAGAUCGCAGGCAAGGGUCUGAAAGUAAUUUGACAGAGAAUCUAGUUGGCGUUGUGUGAUUGACAGCUGUGACGUCUGUUCGGAGUGUCUAUGAUUUCUGGCUGAGCGCCAGGUGGAGUAUCCGGCCAAUCACUGAAGAGGGAAGAGACACUAUCAAUUUACAAACGAGAAGCGCACAGCUAGUCACAUGGCAGUCGGUGUGUCUUGUUUUAUAUGGGUUAUGCUCUCGUUGUCUGGUGGACGGGAUUAGGUUGAGAUAACUACUCCAGGACAUGCGGCGUGUGUGCUGAUGAGCUCAGCUGGAUUACUGGGAUUAUUAACCUUUUUAUCAUCAGCCCUUUUAACCUCCAGACAGCACUCGCAAGCUCGCAAACGCUGUGGACAAAACCAAAUGGUCUCUGUAAGCCACGAGCAAGUGUUCCCCGUCAACUCGGAUGCGCUGACCGCAUCGGCUGCAGCUGCAUGUGAGAACACCACGCUGCCUUUCCGAGCCGUGGCGCCCUCUGUCUGUGGGGAGGAGGAGGGUUACGAGAGCAGCGACUCCACCAGCUCGGCGUCCUGCUCAAGCCCUGGGUCCCGGGACACUGGCAGCCUGAGCUGCAGCCCGCUGCAGGACAGCGACGUGCUGGGGCUCCUCCUCUCCUCCGUGCUGAACCAAGAUGGGAGCCCCCAGCAGCAGGACCAGCAGUUCAGGCUGCCAGACUUUUACUCCAGCCUCCCCAGUGAGUUUUCUCCCACCCUGGAGGAGAUCGAGGAGUUCUUGAAGGAGAAGAUGGAGCCCGUCAAGCAGGGGCCCUCGGAGCCGGAGGUGAAGCAGGAUGCUGGUUCGCCAGUGGAAACUUCACCCGCCAACCCAGAAGAAGGGGCAACACUGGCGUCGCCCUGCAAUGCCCCAGGCACUACCACAACUGCCCCAGCCUCCCCGGCCAUUGUGGUCUCCUCAGCCCCGAUGGAAAGCAUGUCCCUAUUGUUCCAACUUCAGCCUUUACAGCUUGCCACUCCUACUGGGCACCAGGCUUCACGAACUAGCCAGGGUAGCCUCCAAGUUGCCCAUUUGGUGAUCAGCGUCCAGAGUGCCCCAAACGUGACUCUGUUCCCUCAGACGGUGGCUGUGUCGCCCACUCGGGCAGCUGCUGGCGGUGGCACCACAGACCAAAAGUACGUGAAGAUCGCCCCCUUGCCCAUCGCGGUGAGAGCAGUGGGCACGGGUGCCAGCCUCUUCAAAGCCGCACCCCUCAGGACUAGCAAAGCUUCCCCGGAGAGGAUGCGAGUCCACAAGUGCCCGCACCCCGGCUGUGAGAAGAUGUACACAAAGAGCAGCCACCUCAAGGCACACUUCCGACGGCACACGGGAGAGAAACCGUACACCUGCAGCUGGCAAGGCUGCGGCUGGAGGUUUUCACGCUCAGACGAGCUGUCCCGUCACCGGCGCUCCCACUCCGGGAUCAAGCCCUACCAGUGUGACCUGUGUGAGAAGAAGUUUGCCCGGAGCGAUCACUUAUCGAAACACACCAAGGUGCACCGCAGCCACAGGACCGGCCGACUGUGCAGAGCCACCAGCUAGCCCGCACACUCCGGAGACAAGAAGGGUUAACAACGGGAGCACUUGCAUGCUCAGCUCUUCUGCGCUUCGUUACCCAGAUACAGGACAGCCGCGUUUUACCGCUCUUGUGUUAAGAAUAAAA